AUGUCAAUAAUACAAUUACCAUCAACGAGAUGUUAUUGGAAUGAGAACCUGGGGCACCCGAAGAUCAGUACAGUAAUGUCCUGUAAUCGUUUCGAAGAAAUUAAACGCUUUAUUCAUUUUAAUGAUAAUACUUUGCAAAUACCUAAAGGCCAGACAGGACAUAACCCUCUCCAUAAAAUUCAACCGUUUUUGGACCACUUAAGGCAGAGGUUUUUGACAAUUCCCAAAGAAGAAUACAUGGCUGUUGAUGAACAAAUAAUACCAACCAAGAGUCGGUCAUCUAUGCGACAAUACAACCCCAAAAAACCUCACAAAUGGGGCUACAAAAACUUUGUGCUUAGCGGCAGCUCCGGAUUUAGUUACGAUUUCGAAAUUUAUACUGGAGCUCAAGGUUGUGUAGAGUCUGACAGUAAUUUACCGAAAAUUAGUACUUCUAGUGAUGUUGUAGUUCGUCUUUCAAGAACGAUACCUGAAGGAGCUAACUACAAGCUAUUUUUUGAUAACUGGUACACAUCAUUGCCGCUUUUGAUUUACUUAAAUAAGAAGGCGAUUUUACCUUUAGGCACAAUCAAAGCCAACCGUAUUCCGGGCUACAAGGUCCCAGCGGAAAAGGAUUUGAAAAAAUUGGGCAGAGGUGCAACUAUUGAAAAAUUAACCACUGUGGAUAAUACUGAUAUUUCCAUCGUAACCUGGUAUGACAAUAGAGUUGUAAACCUGGCUUCAACGUACGUUGGCAGCAGACCGGCAUCAGAGGUUCGUCGCUUUAAUAAAAAAGAAAAAGCAUACCAAAAUUUACCAUGUCCAAAGGCAGUGAUGACUUAUAACAGGCAUAUGGGUAGCGUGGACUUGUUGGACGCUCUUCUUGGGUACUAUAGGAUCCAAAUUAGGUCCAAGAAAUUUUACCAUCGCAUAUUUUUCCAUAUGAUAGAUAUAGUUACAGUCAAUGCGUGGUUGCUUUAUAGACGUGGGCUGGAUGAAACAGAACCAUAUCUGCCCUUAGCAGAUUUUAAAAUCGCUGUAGCUGAAGGUUUAUGCCAAGUUAAUAAGCCAACAACCAGUGCCAGACGUGGGAGGCCGUCUUAUGAGCUGGAAUAUGCUAUUGAAGCAAAAAAACUAAGAGGGCAUGUUGCUAUUAUGCCCUCUAUGGAUGUAAGGCUAGAUAAAAUAGACCAUUUGCCCAUCUGGACUACUAGACAGCGCUGUAAGGUACCAGAUUGUAGUGGCAGGUCACAUGUCGAGUGCCAAAAAUGUAAAGUCAGCCUAUGUCUUAACGACAAAAGAAAUUGUUUUUUGCGAUUUCAUACAACAUAA